AUGGAGAAGGCUCUACAACCUGUGAACACUGCUGAUAUUGCUCCAGAUUUGUUGCACGGAGCUGCUGAUCUCAUUCACUAUGGAAAGGUAUCUUUACGUGUUUUUUAAAUUUUUGAAUUUAAGAGGAUUUACCAGAUAUUUUAUGGGUCUCUUAUAUAUUUUUUUAUUUUGUCAAACGUGUGAUAGAAAUGCUAAUAUAUAAUUAACCUUUAUAGUUGGCUGCUUCUCAACCAAGUCAAGAUAAUCUCGAUGAAUCGCUGGUUGCUGCUGAAGAGUGCUGUGAGCAAAAGAAAAAUGUAUUGAGCUCUGAGACGACAGAAUGGAAAGACUUGGAGAAUGAACAUAUUGAAGUUUUGCGUUUGAUCAAUGUGAUUCAAGAAGAAGUAAGCCGAAAACUGUUUUUAUUGUAGUAAUUAACUGUCGAAUUUGUUGACUGCUUUCUUCCUUAUUUUAGGAAGCCGACAACAGUAUGUUGGAAGAAUCUGUCGCCAACUUGACUAUUGCUUUUGAAGGCGAAGACGACGAUAUUCGACGAGUUGAACAAGAAGUAGCUAGUGCAAUGGGAGAGUGUCAAGAUUUGGACGAUGAAUUUGUAAGUUUUGUAGUUUUACUAACAGUGGCUUCUUUUCUAUUGAUAUAUUUGGAUAAUUUCAGAAUGUAGUCAAUGACAAUUUGAAGAGUUGUACAGAAGAGUAUGAAAGAGGUGUAGAUGAGGUUAACGAACUAGAAACUCCUGUCGAAUUGAAGAAUGAAAGAGUGAUGGAACUGAAAGAGAAGAUCGAAAAGGCAAAGGAAGAAAAAUAUGUAAGUUUUUGGAAUAUUAUAGUAAAUACUUAUUGAAGUCUUUUAAACUAGUUGUAAUUUAAUUUAUCUACUUUGUUAUACGUUGCUCAUUUAUUCCGUUAUGUUCUAGGAGUUGGAAGAAAAGAUUGAAGAAUUGAAGUCGAAAACCAAUGAUAAGAAGAUAGAAAGUUUGGCUAACAAAGGUGAAAAGAAAGGAAACAACAUGUUUGUUGAGGUAAAUUUCGUAAUUAUAAAAUGAAAUUUGAGUUUUAGGUAGCUGAAUAUGCUGAAAAUGUUUACAAAACUCAAGCCGAGAUGCGUGAAAACAGAAGAGUUUUGGAGAAUAUCUGUGCUGAGCUUCAAAAACAAGUUGAAAUCAAAUCCAGAUCGGCCAAGCCUAAAAACGCUGUUAGCGACGAGAUUUUUGGUAUGUGUGACGUUUUUAAGUCACAUUUUGUAUUCAAUAUUAAAUUUUUUAAUGAAAGGGAUUUUUCAACUUAUUAAAGUAUCACAAACAGUGAAUGCAAAUUAUUUUUAGCUGUGUACGAUCAAUGUGUUCAACUACAACAACAUACAAGUGGUAGAGAAGACGCUGAAAGGAUUAGAAGCGAUUUCAAUGAAGCUUUGAGUUACAAGGAUCUUUCACUAUGUAUGGCUGUGUUAGAGUAGGUUUAUUCAUAUGUUAUGAGGUUUUAUAUAUUGAUUUAGUUUAUAUGCUAAAUUAUCGUUGAUUGAGGCUGGUUUAUGAAGAGCAGGGAAAAAAUUGUACACUGGUGGUAUGACGAUAUUAUUGAUGGUUAUCUAUGUUUUCUUAAAAAAGUUAUCUUUGGGAUAAUGUUAAAGUUAUACUUUUUUAGGCACUUCCAGAAGUUGUACACCGUUUACCGUAUUGAGUUUGGAGCUCUUGAGAGAGUGUGCAAGUCUACCAUCGAACGAAUGACAGAAAGAACGCGUGGUAAGGUCAGUCAUGUUCAGAAGAAUCCGGUACAGAAGUUGGAGGGUAUCAGAGGUAGGUAUAUGCAGUUUAUUUAUCUUACUAAUUUUUUAAAUAAUGAUGAAAUUAUUACUGAUUUUAUAAUGUUUUUUGUUCAAUAGUAGUAGGUAUAGGCAGGGCCGGGUGGGGACUUUUGGUCUGGGGGCAGGGGUCCAAAAAAUCGGCACACCUGUGCCGAUUUUUUGCGAAAAUUUUUUUUCCAAAAAUUCACAGGGGGAACCACGUUCAAAUUUUUUCGAAAAUUUUUUUCUGGGGGGGGAGUUACCCCCCCCGCCCCCCUUGCGCCCGGCCCUGGGUAUAGGUAGUUUAUAAAUUUUAUUAUAAUUUUUUAAUAGUUUUCACGUUGUAGUACGUAAUAAAUUUUGUUUUGUUUUAGUAAACAUUUUUGUAUGUUAUUCUAUCACAACAUUAAUAUUAGUAUGCUUUAAGUAAGAAAAAACAAAAAAUUAUUUUAAAAAAUUUUUAGCUGUUGUCAGCAAGCGGGUCCGCUAA